UGUAAUUGGGAGAAAAAGGCAAGGGCAAAAGCACCUUUUCCACCACUUAUGAACAGUAGUAACAGUAACCAGCCAACCGGCCUUUCGUAUAUAGUAUAAUGUGCCAUUAACAUAUGCAAGCACAGGCAGACAAAGACUGAUAAUAGCAAAAGGUUUUAUCAGACUUAAUGGAGAAGCGGGUAGCCGUUGUGGGAGCUGGGAUCAGUGGCCUUCUUGCCUGCAAGUACACCCUCUCGAAGGGCUUUCAUCCCAUUGUUUUCGAAUCCACUAGCACCAUUGGAGGCGUAUGGACCAAGACUGUGGAGACUACAAAGCUCCAAACUCCUAAAGCAUUCUACCAAUUCUCAGAUUUUCCAUGGCCAUCUUCAGUGACAGAGGACCAUCCUAACCAGAAUCAGGUAUUAGAAUAUGUCCAAUCGUAUGCUCGCCAUUUCGACUUGCUCAAGCACAUUAAAGUGAAUACCAAAGUGUGUGGUAUAGAGUAUGAAGGCCUAUCUGAGGAUGAGAUGGAAUCUUGGAGUUUUUGGGGGGGCACUGGAGAGCCAUUCAACUCGGAAGGGAAAUGGAAAGUUAUAGUAGAAGACAAGCAAAGCCUUUCCACUGAGAUUUAUCUGGUAGACUUUGUGAUCCUCUGCAUCGGACGAUUCAGUGAUGUUCCAAACAUUCCUGAAUUCAUUCCGAACAAGGGACCGAAAGCAUUCCAUGGAACGGUUAUACACUCGAUGGAAUAUGCCGACAUGGAUUACGAAAGCGCUGCUAAAUUCGUGACAGGAAAGCAAGUAACAGUUGUUGGGUCUCAGAAAUUUGCAAUGGACAUUGCAAUGGAAUGUUCAAAUGCAAAUGGGAUAGAAAAUCCAUGCACAUUAUUGUACAGAACAGAGCACUGGAAUUUUCCAGACCUCCUUCCAUGGGGUGUGCCUCUUGCAUUCCUCUACUUCAAUCGCUUCUCGGAGCUUUUGGUUCAUAAGCCGGGGGAAGGCUUCUUGCUCAGUCUCCUUGCAACACUGCUCUCACCUCUGAGAUGGGCCUAUUCGAAAUUUGUGGAAACAUAUGCAAAUAAGAAGCUAGGAUUAUACAAGUAUGGGAUGGUACCUAAGCAAAGAUUCCUUCAAGAUAUUAGCUCUUGUUUGAUAGCAGUAGUGCCUGAAAAUUUUUAUGAUCGAGUACAAGAGGGAAGCAUCAUACUCAAGAAAUCGCCGGGCAACUUCGGAUUUUGCCAAGAAGGCAUUUUGGUGGAAGGGGAAGUCUCGCCUCUGACGACGGAGUUGGUCAUAUUGGCUACAGGAUUUAAUGGUGAGAAGAAGCUCAAAGAUGUCUUUGUGUCUCCUACCUUUCAAGACUACAUAAUGGGAUCUCAAGAGGCCAUAUUACCCCUCUACAGGUUAACUAGCUACUUUCAAAAGUUACGGCAAUGCAUAAAUGGACGAAUUCCACAACUAGCUGUGAUUGGAUUUUCCGAGAGUAUCUCAUACUUGUUCACCUCCGAGAUAAGAUGCAAAUGGCUUGCCGAGCUUCUCGGAGGCGCAUUUAAGGUGCCAAACAUAACAGAGAUGGAAACAGAUGUGAAGAGAUGGGAUGAAUACGCGAAGCGAUAUGGUGGAAAAUACUACCGGAGAUCAUGCAUCAAUGCCCUUCAUGUAUGGUACAGUGACCAAUUGUGCAAGGACAUGGGAUGGAAUCCUAAGAGGAAGAAGGGACUUCUUGCUGAACUUUUUGAACCAUAUGGCCCAAUGGAUUAUGUUUCCCCUUAAAAUCAACCAUUCCAGAUUUUUUCGUGUGUUCCUCACUUUUUUGGCUUCCCUUAAUAUGCAUGAGAUUGAUUUUCUAAAUUUUUAUUCUCGGCAAUAACUCGCUAAUGUUAGACUAUGCUCCAUCAACCCUGCUAUCAUUCUUCCCAUCAUGCCACUUCCUCAUUUAUUUUGUUAAGAAAAUGAUGGAGAGCAGGGAUCUAUGUAUAAUUUUACAAUCGAAGCGACUAUUACAUGUUUUGAAUUCAA